AUGGGCAAUUCUCAGACGAAAGAGUCCCGCCCGUCUCUUCCCUCGUCAAAUCGUCGCAGUCAUCACCAUGGCCCCUACGGUGACCGCCAUCACGCGGAUGGCUCCCGAUCAACACGAGGGAGUAGACCUGACCUAUCUAUCCUCGGAAUUGGCGGAAGCUCGGAACGAGAUCUGGCCUCCCUCGAACACCGACGAGAAACAAGACAGGAACGCGAGGCUCGCCGGCUAGAGAAGGAGCGGAUAGCUCGGCUCAAGGAGCGAGACCGUAGUAUGAAGGAGGAGCAUGUCGAUGGUGGCUAUCUGGUAACCCAGGGUGUUUAUACAGGAACAGAGGAUUUCAAUAAGGCCGUGGUCCGACAGCUAAUGAUUGAAAGACGACUUGCGCCCUUCUGGAGAGGCCUCAAUGACUUCUCGGACUCGUGGACGGAGCAUCAGCUCAUGGCAGCCGCGCGUGGCCUCCCGAUCCCCCCACCCGACGAGAUCCCCCCAGAGCUGGAAUAUAAGAACCCCCCCAAAGCCGCGGAGGAUGGGAAAGAGGCUUCCGAUUCUGCUGCAGUCCAAUACUUGAUGGUCCCGAUCACUGCAAGGUCCCAAUCAUACGGUUCCGACGCUUCCCAGUCAUCUACACCGGCGCACUCACUGCCAUCACCUACAUCUCCCAUUGCCUCCGGCACCUCGAGUUCACCUCUAUUCCGAACCCGGGCAAAGACACUCGCAUCUCUUACCACGUCUAAGCACGGUAUUCAAUCCGACACCACUUCUCGGGAGAUUCAGCUGCCUCGCGAUCCGUUCGUUAAUGGGCAACCGAUCGAGGCCUAUCUGUACAAAGACGCGGCCGAGUGUCCCAUCUGCUUCUUGUACUACCCUCCGUAUCUAAACCGUACGAGAUGCUGCGACCAGCCGAUAUGCUCCGAAUGUUUCGUCCAGAUUAAGCGCCCUGAUCCCCACCCGCCAGAGCACGGGGAGGCAAGCCCGAACCCCCCUCCGGAUGAGGCUGAGCAUCCUGAGAGCCAAGACUGUCAACUGGUAUCGGAACCAUCAGCGUGUCCAUUCUGUGUUCAGCCAGAGUUCGGUGUUACUUAUGCGCCACCGUUAUACCGUAGAGGAUUGGCCUACGCGUCUGAUCUCGGCGCUCGUCCCAAUGUCGCUUCGCCACUCUCGUCCACAUCUUCUCUCUCCUCCGGGAACACCCCCAUCACAGGCCGCCGACGCGCGACCUCGUUAUCUGCCAACGACCCGACGGUGAUUACGACCGAUAGGAUCCGUCCUGACUGGGCUCAAAAGUUGGCGAAUGCUCGGGCGCAUGCGGCGCGACGGUCCGCGGCAGCAACUGCUCUUCACACGGCGGCUUAUCUGAUGAACUCCAAUGGAAGUGGCAGCGAACCCCGGAAUUUCGGUCUCGGAAGGAGAAGCGUUAUGCGGAGAAACGGUGCCCCAGAGGCUCAAAAUACAUCUGCCCGCACUGGGUCCCAAGCGCUACAAGCCCUGGCGUUUCUGACAGAUCGACGCGGACCAGGGCCUGAAACCGACUCCACAGAAGAAGGCCCUGGCCACUUGGCGCCGCCGCGCCAAAGUUCCAGGCGCAAUCGCAUUGAUGAUUUGGAAGAAAUGAUGAUGAUGGAGGCAAUCAGGUUGAGCCUAGCCACCGAGGAGGAUAGACGCAAGAAAGAGGAAAAGGAGGCGAAGAAGGAAGCCAAGAAGAAGGAGAAGGAAGCGAAAAAGGCGGAGAAGGUAGCGCGCAAAACGGGGCUUACGAGUAACAAUGCGAGCAGUUCCGCCUUGGACGUACCCCCAGAUGGGAGGCUUGGCCGGGUCACCAGCAGCUCCUCGUCGAUGACCGGCGAAGAAACCGUGACUGGGGGGAAGGGCAAGGAGGUCGAUCGGGUGUCUCCAUCCGCAGCCACUGGUGCGCCUGCCGCCACCGCUGGCGUUGCAGAGGGUGUCCCCGUCCAGUCCGCCUCGGGGACAUCGGCAGCCCCCGUCGACCAACCGCUGUCCUUGCCGGCUCCCCCCAUCGUGCAGUCACCUCCCAGAGAGCUCACAAGGCCGUCUCACCUUCGGCAUGUCUCGAGUGCAUCCUCAUCGUUGUCUUCGGUGGUUGAGUCGAUGUCUGGUGAUCAUGCGGCACCACACUCGUCGACCGAGGGCGCAAGUUCGUUUGCCGAGCCCAUGUUCAGUUUUCGAAGCCUGGCUGCGGUGAUUGGCGACGAAGACAAGCCUGAGGACGCGACCGAGCAUGUGGAGGAUACGCUGUCAAACCCCACUGCGGAAGGGUCGGCCUACCACCCUGCCCCGAUGACGAACGAUGAUGCGCCCUCUUCUGAAGAAGCCCCCGCCGCAGAAUCCAGUGCGCCCCCUAGGGAGCAGGGGGACACUCUGAUGCCAAAGGAGGUCGAAAGUCAGUCCGUGGAGAUUACUGACACUACGCGUGAUGCCGAAGCUACUUCUUGA